AUGCAUCUCUCUUGGGACAUAUUGGUGAACAUCUUUUUGAGGCUUCGUGUCAAGACCCUAUUGAUUUGCAGACGCGUAUGCAAGUAUUGGAAUGACACAAUUUCCAGCUCUGAUUUCCUCAAGUUCCACAACGAGCUAUCAAUCUCAAAUCCAUGUCACAAGGUUCUUGUUACUUUCCCACUUUCAACGAUAGACUUCAAUGCAUGCAGAGUUAAACAAGAGGCAAAAAGGCAAAACUGGAUUAAGAUUCCUUGGAUGGCUGAUUUCGCAGAUGAUUUUAAACUUCUUGGUUCGUGUAACGGCUUAAUAUGUCUUGGUACCAAAUCUAAUAGCAAAAUCUUGUGGAAUCCCUCCACGGGAGACUACCAAAUUGUGACUCCGCAAACUAGCGGUAAUUUCAGAGGGAGCCAGCGGCCUUAUUUCCUUUCUGGAUUUGGCAUUAAUCCUUCUACUGGUGGAUAUACAAUCGUCUUAGGCUGUUACUAUUGGGACAAUCUUCAACAAAAACGUGCGAUCUAUAUCAUAACUCAGAGACGUGGGCGUUACGAGUGCAAAAGGAUACAAGAUAUUCCUGGAACAACUAAUAUUUAUCAACGACUAGGGGUUUCUGUGAACGGGCAUCUUCAUUGGCCGGCAUCUGUGCAAAAUGAAAGUGUGGUUUUGUCAUACAAUUUGGCGGAGGAGAAAAUUAGAUCCAUCCCAUUGAAUGGCCAGGCAAUCACAGAGCUGCCGGACCUUGGCCUGAGUCUGCCCUUUCCAGUGCCCUUUACCUUGGGAACUUGUGAAGGACACCUGUGUACUAUAUCCAAGCCGUGGGAUGCUGUAGUCCAGCGAAAAGAUACGUUCGAGUUAUGGGUUAUGAAGGAAUAUGGGGUGUGGAAAUCUUGGACAUGGUUGAACAACAUAGAAGGAAUUGGAGAUUAUGGCUCUUUGUUACCACUAGGAUUUUUCGAGAAUGGUGAUCUCAUGGUUGAUGCAGACAGUACACAUAUAAAAAGGUACAGUUUCAAAGAUAAAUCAGCCAGAACUCUGCAGAUUCUUAACAACUUGAAAUCUUGUUCGAUUUCAUAUGUGGAGACCAUGGUUGCACCACGUUAA